AAUAGGGGCGGGCGGGCCGCGGCAGCCUUGGAGCCAAGUAGAGCCGACCUGAGCCACGCUGAGGGCGCCCAAAGAGGCGCCGAGCCCUGAGCACCCAUGCUGCUUACGUUGGCCUGGGGCUCACUCUUCUUCUUGGGGCUCUUCGCGCUCUCCACCUGGGGGCUGCGCCGCGCGCGGCCUGAAUGGCCCGUGUACGACUGCUUGAUGAUCAGCACCAGGCUGGUUUCUUCAGCACAGGCUGUGUUGGCCACCGCGUCUGGAAUCGUCAUCAUCUUCUACUGUAGAGACGUGGUCACCGACAGCCACUGGCUUGCCCGAGAAUAUAUCUGGUUUUUGGUUCCUUAUAUGGUCUAUGACACCUAUGCCAUGUACCUGUGUGAAUGGUACCGAACCAGAGAACAGAACCGCAGAGACUUCCGCACCAUUUUUCGAAGCUACCUAAGUAAAAACCGCCUCAUGAUCACACACCAUGUGGCCAUUCUGUUGGUCCUAGCGCCAAUUGCACAGCUUAGGGGAGACCGAGGGGACUUCUUUGUUGGCUGCAUCUACACAGCAGAACUGAGCACUCCAUUUGUGUCGCUGGGCAAAAUUCUGAUUCAGCUCAAGCAGCAGCACACCCUUCUGUACAAGGUGAACGGGAUCCUCACGCUGACCACCUUCUUUUGCUGUCGGAUCCUCCUUUUCCCCUUCAUGUACUGCUCCUAUGGCCAACAGCUGAAACUAAACGUGCUCCAAGUGCCGUUCAGGAUCCCUUUCUUAUGCAAUGUGGCCAAUGCCUUCCUCAUUGCUCCCCAGAUCUACUGGUUUUCUCUGCUGUGCAAGAAGGCAGCCGGGCUCUUUGACACUCCCCCAGGAGGAAAGGAUGGGUAAUCGCUCCCAGGAGUCAGGCAGUGAGGGUGUCUCCUCAUACUAGCUGCCUCUUCCACUCAGUAUUCCAUGGACCAAACUAUGCCCUGGGUGGCCUCAGCCUUUUGAGUAUUGAUAAGCAGAUGGGUUUGAGUUUUUCUAAAGAACGUUCACAUUACCUCCCUCUUCUAACCUGCCCCUUUUGCAAAAGCACUUUUCUUUGUAACAACUAGUGGGUCCUGUCAGACUUCCACUGGCAGCAAGGAUAAUAAUGCAAGCCCAAGGGUCCUUCCUUGGGUCUUACCUCAAGGGCUCUGGGAGGUAGAAGCAUGGGGUGUGGAGACAGGUGGACCAUGAUGACAAGCUGGGCACCCAACUGGCCCUAAUAUUGGUGGCUACCCGCUGCGGCAAACACUCAGGGCAAUAUCCACACAUACUGGGCCAGCAGAAGCAAGUGACGACUUGGGUCUUGAAAUAAUUUCUUGUGAUGUUGGCCUACGGAAACGUGGGUAGGUAGUUUUUUAUUGUUUACUAGAGAACCCAUUGGUCUUUUGCCUCAUUCUUUCAUCCAUUUGCCAACAUUGAAUUCUCAUGCCUACUGCCUUCCAGUCAGUAGUCUCAUUAAUGGGGCGGGGGGGCAGGUACGAGGCACAGAUGGGAACCUGAAGCACUUGAGUAGGUAGGGACACUAGUAGGUCAGCAUAUUUGCAGGCUGACUUUGUAAGACCAGUGUCAAACUUGUGAGUUUGUUGUAAACAGAUACUAUUCCCUUUCAAGCCCAGCUUUCCCAGUAUGCACACACACAGGAUGCUCUUGUCAAAACUACAGGGGUGAAGUGGAAAGAUGGCUGCCGAGCUCCUUACUGGGUAACCCCACUCUUUGACACUGUCCUUUUCAUAUGAAGUGGAAAUGGACUUCUACAUUCCAAACCAUGAGAAGUCACAUCUAGACUGGCUCCUGAUAAUCCAGAGCUUGGGGUCCAAAGCCUGUUCCUAAUUUAGCCACAGGAGGCUGGAGAGCAAGAGAGCAUGACAGCCCGGGCCAAAAUGUUGUCUGUGGAUGGGCCCCUUCGCUACCAUCACAAAUGGGGUUCUCUGGUGCCAGUCGUUCCUUACCAGCUAGGAGGGGUUUAGAAACUGUGCUACCACCAAUUUUUUUUCAAGUGGUAGUGAAAAGCUAGAUUUUAAAAAGUGCCUUUUAAUUCAUUGUUGUCCAUAAACUUUUAAAGUACUGAAUAUAUAACAGUGCCUCAAAGUUUGAAUAUUUCCAUUUUUAAUGGGUGCCAUUUAAAAAAUGCAAAAUAUUGUUGUUUUGUUCACUGUCGGUAUAUCUUGUAUAAAUCACCCCUGUGGUGAUUAAAUUGCACUAAUAUUUCCCAACUUACUCUUAUUUGUGAAACACAAUACAUCAAUAUCGACUUCCUGUGAGACCCAUCUGUGACCUGA